GGCGGAGGCGGGCUGACAACAGGCACACAUUAAAGGUGGAAGUGAAAGCAUUACUUUUUUUCCCCCUUACUAGUCCCUGGCGGCUGUCGGAGAUGGACAAGUUCAAGGUGGUUCUGGACAUCGCCAACAAACAGAGCAACCUCGGUUUCGGCUUGGUCGCCCUGCUGACGGCGGGAGGAGAGCAGAUCUUCUCCUCGGUGGUGUUCAAGUGUCCCUGCAAUGACAUGAACUUCAUCUACGGCUUGGUGUUCUUGUUGGUGCCCGCCCUGGCUCUGUUGCUGCUGGGUUACAUCCUGAGUAAGAAGAUGUGGAAGCUGCUGACGGGUCUGUGCCAACGCAGGAGAGAGCCUCGGAGGAUAGCCACCACCGUCGUGGUCCUGCUGCAGAUCAGUGCCGGCGCUGUGGUGGCGCCGUCCAGCUGGAUGGCCGUGGCUCUGCUCAACGGGAACUACUACGUGUGCGCGAUGACCGGGACCAACGUGAGCGCUUACAACAAGCAUGUGUGCGGCGAUGUCAGCGUUCGGGCGAAGUGUGAAGCGGAGCUGUACAGGUUACCCUGCGGGAAAGUAAACGAAGUACCCGCGGAUGCGAGAGAUGAUGUUAUGCUCACCCUGCGCGCUCACUCUCAGAUUCUGGGCUGGCUGCUCAUCUCCUCCAUCAUGGUGUUCAACCUCCUGCUCACCUGCGUGGCUCGGUGCAGAUCCCCCAUCAGCUACCUGCAGCUCAAGUUCUGGAGGGUGUACGCUGAGGAGGAGGCCAAUCUGAUGAAUCAGUACACCACUAAACACGCCAAAGAGCUCGCCGAGAGGAACCUGAAGAGCUUUUUCAGCCAGAAAGAACCCGAGGACAUCGUCACUCCCCCCAAUGAGGCCUGGGAGAGCGUCUCCUCUCUGUACAGGUUUAGCACCAGGGACCACUACUACAGCACGUUGCACAGGUAUGUGGAGAACUGCCAGCACACCGAAACCGACCUGGUGAGGAUGUCAUCGGUCGACUCUAGAGGCCCCUCAGGCCAGCCGGCCAUCCUUAAUUUUGUAGACGGAGGCACGAUGCCGGUGUGAAGAGGAUCUUCUGCACGGUCGUAUCGCAGACGUCAGGGCAGAGCAACCGACCUUGUUGCAGGAACAUUGGAAACCCCUCAUCUGAGACAAUAUGUGAAAUGACCAGCGUCAUCUGAUACAUUAAAACCUCAUCUGUUGAUCCUCGUAAGCUAUUCCUACGAAAUUGAGGUGAAUUAAGAAUGAGAAUAAUCUUUACUGCCAUUGCAGAACACAAUUUAAAGAGAGACUGAAUGAGAUUUACCCUGUAUCGGCCUUUCGAGAAGACAUUUUUACUUUUGUGGAACUUUUCUAAAUUUUUCAUUUUCAUGUAGAAAAUCAAGCUCAGUGAAGUUAACACAUGUGGUUCCUUGCCUUUAAGUGGUAAACAAAUGUAAACAUGCAUUUAGACCGUUAGAACAUAAGAGAUGAUUCACAUCGUCAACAGACACGUUACCACAUUAGAUGACAUUACACCAUUUCUUCAUGGUACGGGUAUGAAAUGUACCGUGAAGAAGCAUGUGGUAUGAAAACCACAUGCUUCUAAACCUCACCGAAAGGAACAGGGACGCAAUUUAAAAUGUGCGCUGGAGUUACCAAAUGUGGUUCCUCGCCUUGUUUAAGACUGAACUGUAAAAAAACAAUUAGAACAAAAUAUAUGAUCUUAAUUUGAAUGAGAGUGAAAUAGGAAUACAACUGUGGAUAGAGAUUAUGUACCGUGUUGUGUAGGGUGACUAGAUGUCCUCUUUUUCCUCUUUUUGAGACCUUAAAGUGCAUCAUACUCAAACUAUGAAACGAUUUCAAACUUGUCUGGAUUUUUAUUUUACUAGAGCCUCAAACAUGUUACAUGUUACAUGUUACAUGUUACUGCGCUACAUUUCUCUGUGUGUCCCAGGAAUCUAGUCACCCUAGUGUUGUGCAAAUCAUCAUCCCGUACAGGUAUAGGGUGUUGACGUGUUUAUGUGUCGGGCCGAGAGUUUCUUGGACUGAUGCUGAGCCCCAGUUGUCCUCACUGAAGUGUAGUCCCGUCUGCUGUGCAGCCACAUCGAGAUGUAAUAUAUUAAAAUUAAGAUGCUCUUAAUUAUUAUUAUUAAAGCAUCUCUUAUGAUUGUCUUCAGGAAAAACAACCAUUGCUGUGACUUUUUUUUUUCCACCUGUGCACCUGUGUGUGUUGUUUGUGUGAGGUGCCCCGGAGAUGCAGGAUGUGGCGAAUCUUGAUGCAAAUGACCCCCAUAGUUGUAUGUGUGCGUGCGUGGAUGGGUCUGUAUGUGGGGUUGGGAGGGAUGGAUUUUAAUAUUCAUUGUAAUGUACAUUUCUUUUAUUUGCUAUUUUAUUUGAAGCACAAUGUGUCGCAUUUUUAUAUGAAAACUGUUAUAUAAAUAAAGUUUGAUUUGAUGAA